GAUAUGGAGUUCUCUUAUGCUAAAGAUGUAUUCAAAAUAAUGUGAAGUGAAGAUUUGAUGUUUUUUCAUAUCAUUUGGGUGCUUCGUUAUAAUGUUAGUUCAUUUAAUUUAACAUCAAGUAUUUUUUUUUUAUUUUGAUAAUAAAAGUUAGACAAGGAGGAAUAAUAAUUCGAUAGCACCGUACCUGUGUAAGCCAGGGAAAUAGUCCAUGUACAUGUGUACAUUAAGGAAUAAUGUUAGAGUCAGGAUGAUGAAAGGUAGGAAGAGUAUGAUUGGCUCUCCACGCAUGUCACGUGCAAGAGUUCUUCCAAUCAGUACGGCCGGUUCAAGACAAAGCCAGGGUCAUAGGUUAGAAAGGCUGAAAACAGAGAACGCUUCUUUCUUGGAAGUAACGCCGUUAGCAGCGAAUAGCGCUGCCCAGCGACGUAGCAUUAAAUACGAAAACACAUACAAACUUGAAGCUGAAAAGAACUUUGUGAGUUUGGAGAUUGAGAAAGCGGCGGAGAAAAUAUUAGUGGACUAUUUACAUGACAAAGAGUAUGAGCCAGCUCAGUGUAAAACGUAUAGUCAGCAGCUAAGUUCCCGGAUAUUAGAAACAAUAAAAGACAUGGGAUAUGGACACUUUAAAAUGGUAUGCAUUGUUUCCAUUGGCUCAAUGAAAGAAAGACCAGGAAUGCAGUUUGGUUCUCGAUGCCUAUGGAAUAAAGAAACAGACAACUUCAUCAGUGCUAAAUUUAGUAACACAUCUCUCUUUGCGGUUGCUAUGGUUUACGGGUUGUACUAUGACUGAAACUACGUGUGUGAAGAGUACCAAAUAAGAUUAUAAAAUAAUUAAUAUAAUAGCUAUUCAUCUCGGUCAUCCGUCUGCUUCAAAUGAUAAUGUUUUUGUUUUAUCUUUCAUACAUUUAAUUACGACGGUGCUCAUUGCAGACCUAGAGCGAUCUUCUGCGCAUAUCCGGAGGUGAUUAUCAAUUGGAGCGCACGGCAAAAAUACGCAAAUUAUUGCAUCUCCGCGCGCAUUUAGUGUAUAGUAUGUAUAAUAUACUGACUAAAGGUUAUUCACAGUAUUACCAUGGGGUAUUACCAUGGUUACAAAGUAUAUACACCAAAUAUUCAAAUUGCUAAAAUCUGGUAUAUACCGGAGUCUGUAAUUUAUACAUGCGCUCGAGGUCUGCAGUGAGUCACAGUCUUUAAUAACAUUUUGUUCAUAGUAAGAUUUAAUCAAAGGAAGUCUGAGAUAAUUCUACAGAAUAAAUAACUUUAACAUUUUCUCCAUUUUAAAAUUCACUUUUAGUAAUGUUUGUAAUACUGAAAUUCUGUGCACUUGUAACGUAUUGCGGUACCAAAUAUGUGCAGUUAUUAAAACUUCAAAAACAUUUAGACCGCAAGAGCUUAAAAAGCUCUCCGUCAUUUGAGUUUUAAUCCCUACUCUCAUUUUCAGCCGACUACAGUAUAUAUGAACAGGUAAAUACUGUGGACUCUUUCUCGUCUGGUUGUUCUUAGUGCUUUUAAAUUUAUUCAUUUUUGUAUUUGGCGUGAACUAUUUCUCGUCUACUUUAUGUAUUGACAAAAUAAAAGAGUUGAAUGCAUCAA